AAGACCGGAGAAGAAAGAGAACAUGUUUCCAAAAAAAAAAAAAAAGCUCUAUUCUUUAAUUCUGUUUUGUAUUGUCUUUUAUAAUAUUACCACUUCCUUAGCAUAUUCUUCUUCCACUCUCUCUCCAUUUUCCCUUUUUUUCACACACACACACAGAGUAGAUAUUUCUACAUCAAUCACAAUCUUCACCAUCACAAAAUUCCCAAUGCUUUGACUCCAUUUAUUUUUUCAUCUGUAAAUUCUCUCUAUUAUUAUUAUUAUUACUUACCUUAAUUAAUAAUGGCUAUGGAAAAAGGAGGUGAAUGUGAGUACAAUUCAUCUACUGAAGGAGGUUUACAAGAACACAAAUCUCAAUCUCCUCCUCCUCCUUCUUCAGACAAUGAGGAGAACAAAAUAUCUCUUAAGUUCCUUCUAUCAAAUGCUGAGGCUGGUUCAAUUAUUGGAAAGGGUGGCUCGACAAUCAGUGACUUUCAGUCUCGUUCUGGGGCGAGAAUUCAGUUGUCACGCAACAACGAAUUUUUCCCUGGCACCAUGGAUAGGAUUGUAACGGCAUCUGGGCCUAUUGAUGAUGUACUCGAGGCAGUGGAUCUUAUUCUUAAUAAGCUACUAGAUGAGAGUUAUGUUGACAAUGGUGGUGAUGUUGGCCCGAGAUCAAAAGUUAGACUAGUUGUGCCCAACAGCUCUUGUGGUGGAAUUAUCGGGAAGGGAGGAGCUGUGAUAAAGUCAUUUAUCGAAGACUCGGGAGCUAGCAUAAAAAUAUUACCUCAAGAUGACAAUUUUCCAGGACUGCAUGAUAGGCUAGUUAUAGUGAUUGGAACUCUAGGGGAGCAGAUGCGGGCUGUUAAAUUGAUUCUACAUAAGUUGGCCAAAGACGCUAAUUAUGUACAGAACAUGAAUGUUCCAUUUCCUUAUGCAGCUUACGCUGGAAUGAACUAUGGACCACCAAAUGGAGUCGGAGGGAGAUUUCCAAAUAUCAGAUAUCAUCAGAACAAGACGGAGUCUAAUUCCGAAGAGAGGAACAAUUCUGUCACUAUUGGUGUUGCUGAUGAGCGUAUUGGUUUAGUGCUUGGCCGGAACGGAAGGAGUGUAAUGGAGAUAAGUCAGCUAAGUGGGGCUAGAAUAAAGAUAUCAGAUAGAGGUGAUUUCAUGUCAGGCACGUCUGAAAGGAAGGUGACUAUUACUGGAUCUGAAAGAGCGAUCAGCAUAGCCGAAUCCAUGAUAUCUAAGAAAGUAGCGACAGUUUCCGACAGGUGAUCUAUCUGCAACUUCAUAUGCAUGUCUUGAUUUUGGAACUAUGUUUGUGAAAUGCUGAUUCCCAUAUGGGCAAUAAGAGAAGAGAAGUUAAGUUUCAGCAGUGCAUGAAUUUUUGUUUGUCUUUGAUCCUUUGAACCAUUGAUUUCAAUUGACUGAAUAUAUGGCCAUUUUUAUACAAAUGUAAUUUUUUAGUAGGUAACAUUGAGUUGAAAAUUGUGUUUUUUAUUGGAUAAUGACAUUAUUCUCAUUCCUUUA